UCCUCGACUGCAAUUCCUACUUCCUGGAUACAUGUUCAGAAAAAACAGCCAGGUUGGAUAUGUUUUUAUCAUCUUGAACCGAUUUUUCUGUAGCUUAUACACAAACGAAGACGCAGUUUUUCAACGAUAAAUGACCGUUUAAUGCCACGACAUUACCGAUGAUAACGUGAGCAGGACGGCGAGGCGGUGGGCGCAGAGAAAGAGCGCCACGUCAUUGAUCGGUGACAGAAAGCACACCCGGGUUUCAGCCGAGUGCUGCCGCUGCUUUGGACCGGAGAUUAGACUGUUAUAGAUCAACCUAAGCCGCCGGUGUGCAGCUGUCUUCGUGUUGUUUGGCUUUUUCUUACCGGAGGAGGAAGAGUGAAGAAGCGGCUCAACAUGACGGCGUCAAACUGGGGUCUAAUCAUGAACGUGGUGAACAGCAUCGUCGGAGUCAGUGUGCUCACGAUGCCCUUCUGCUUCAAACAGUGCGGGAUAGUGCUGGGAACUAUCCUGUUGUUCUUCUGUUCGUGGAUGACCCACAAGUCAUGCAUGUUCCUGGUCCACACAGCCAGCAACACCAAACGAAGAACCUAUGCUGGAUUGGCCUUCCAUGCUUACGGAAAGCCGGGAAAAACACUGGUGGAGACGAGUAUGAUCGGUUUGAUGUUGGGGACCUGUAUUGCCUUCUACGUUGUCAUCGCUGAUUUGGGCUCAAAUUUCUUCGCGCAGCUGUUGGGUUUACAGGUGACUGGCAGUUUCCGCGUGCUGCUGCUGAUCGCUGUGUCUCUGUUCAUCGUGCUCCCUCUGAGUCUGCAGAGGAACAUGAUGUCCUCCAUCCAGUCCUUCUCUGCCAUGGCUCUCAUGUUCUACACCUUAUUCAUGUUCACGAUGGUGCUGUCCUCGUUCAAACACGGGCUGCUCAGCGGCUGGUGGCUAGGGCAGGUCAAUGUGGUGCGCUGGGAGGGUGUGUUUCGCUGUCUCCCCAUCUGUGGGAUGGCCUUCGCCUGUCAGUCGCAGGUGCUGCCGACCUACGACAGCCUGGAUGAGCCGUCCGUCAAACGCAUGAGCACCAUCUUCACCUCGGCCCUCAACGUAGUCACCAUCUUCUACAUCACCGUGGGCUUCUUCGGCUACGUCAGCUUCACCGAGAACAUCGCGGGCAACGUGUUGAUGAACUUCCCGUCCAACCUGGUGACAGAGAUGAUCCGGGUGGGCUUCAUGAUGUCUGUGGCCGUCGGAUUCCCCAUGAUGAUCUUGCCGUGUCGCCAGGCCAUCAACACCAUGCUUUUUGAGCAGCAGCAGAAGGAUGGGACGUUCGCUGCCGGGGGAUACAUGCCUCCUCUGCGCUUCAAGAUGAUCACCCUCUGCAUUGUGUUUGGCACCAUGCUGGGAGGCAUUCUCAUCCCCAACGUGGAAACCAUUUUGGGUCUGACUGGAGCCACCAUGGGCAGCCUCAUCUGCUUCAUAUGCCCUGCUCUCAUCUACAGAAAGAUCCAGAAGAAUGGCAUCAUCUCUCAGCUGGUGCUUUGGGUGGGUCUGGGCAUCCUCCUGGUCAGCACCUUUACCACCCUCUCGAUCUCGGCCAGGAGCCCCGGGGUCAAAGUUCAAGCUCCUCCUCCUCCAGCACCUGACAAGAACAACCUGCCGCUACCAGACCUCCCUCAGCUCCACGAUAUGCCUCCAAACAAGAAGCCAGUGGAGAUAGAAAAACCAGACCUCCCAGCUGAUGAGGUGGUACAACCGGUGAAGAGGGACCCGGUUGAACCCCCUCAGAUUAAAGGACCAGUGGAACAACCUGAGAAGAAGAAGGAGGAAGAGGUGCAGUUGGACCGUCCCGAUGCCGGCGUCGCAGUGCCAGAGGCAGAAGCCCAUCGCCAUGAACCACCCAUCCCUCACGACGAGGUCCAGGUAGACACAAGAAAGAACAAUGCAGAGCUGGAGGAGGACAAUAAACAGCCGGUCAACCCUGCAGGAGGAGGUGAGGAAGAACCCAAUAGAGAUGAAGAGCGUGCUGUGGAGGUAGAGGGAAAAAAAGAAGCCAAGGAUGAAGAGAAACUGAAGCCUGUACAUGCGGUUGUGAGGAAAGAGGAAGUGGACAUUGGCGGUGGUGAAGUCUUGUCCAACGAGGUGCUGGAGAAGCCGGUUGGAGAAGCGGGCAAAAAGCGAGAUGUUCCCGCGCUGAAAGAAGCAGAGAAGCUAGAUCCUUUGAAAGAUGCUGGAAACGCAGCAGCUGUAGGGGAGCAAGUCGACAAAGUGGACAAAGCUGCAGUUGCUGCGGGGAAAAUUCCACCUCCUGAAGGAGAGCAUCGCCCCGUUGCAGACGAUCCUCCGGCUGGGGACAGCAAAGAUGCAGCGGAUGAGAAGAUGGAGGAGGGCCAGCUGGACCACGCGGUGCUACUGCAGGUGAUCAAGCAGCAGCAGGAGCAACAGAAGAGACUUCUCGACCAGCAGGAAAAACUGCUGGCUGUCAUAGAAGAGCAACACAAGGAAUUCCACCAGAAACAGCCUGCUGGGGCUGCUCAGGAAGGCGAGACAGAGAAAGGCAUCCAGGAACACUUGGAGGCGAUGGAAGGUGGAGCAGCAAAGCCCAAAGACUCUGGUCUGGCUUCAGAAUUGAAGCAGCCCAAGGACGAAGCUGGAGCAGUUGAGCCUCACGCAGCUGUGGCCCAGAAUCAAGCUCAGGUUGGGGAUAAGGCUGCUGAGGUUGGGGAUGUUAAAGUAGUUGCUCCAGCAGCUUACAAAGAGGAUGACCCUGUUAACCCUGUUGCACCCGGAGGAGAAUCCCAUAAGCAGAUAGAGCUGGGGGCGAGGGGAGUGCCACUGGGAAAGAAAAAACCUGACGACCGUCAGCUCGUACCUCAGAAUGAACAGGUAGCCCAACUUAAACAUGAGGAAAGCAACCUAGAUGAAGAAAAAGAGAAAAUUAAAAAUGAAAUGAUAGAGAACGAGGUUCAGGCAAGACUGGAAGAACAGCUUAAGAAGGCGAAUCAGGAAAAGCUGGCCAUAGAGAAGGAGUUGGAGGAGAGGGCAGAAAGAGAAAGGAUAGAAAAAGAGGUGCAGAUAAGAUUAGUAAAAGAACGACUGGAGAGGGAGAGACAGGAAAAGCUAGCCAAAGAACUGAAGUCGGAGAAGGAGAGAGCUGAGAAAGAGAGGAUAGAGAAAGAAGUGCAGGCAAGGGUGGAGAAAGAGCGACUGGAGAGGGAGAGGAGAGAGAAGCUGGCCCGAGAACAGGAGCUGGAGAAAGAGGCAAAAGAGAAACUCGCACAGGAGAAGGCUACAGAAGAGAGACGCCAGCAGGAGAUUCAGAAAGCAGACAAUGAAAUACAUGAGAGAGCGAAGAAAGAAAAGGAGGUGGAGGAGGCGCGUGAGAGGCUAGCCCAGCUGCAGAGAGCUGUAGAAGCCAAAAACGCAGCGCAGGGGGCUCAGAGAGAAGACGGCGAAGCUUUGAAGAAAGGAGGAAGAGACCUCAAAGAGAAAGUCGGCGCUCCGGCGGAUCCCAGGGAGGACGCGGACGACGGGGCCAUCAAAGCCGAGGCUCACCCCCAGGGCUCCCAGGAGAAGCUGAGGGACCAGGGAGAGAUGGAUCUAAGGCGGAGGCGCAGGGAAGUGGGACCCAGAGAGGAUGGAGAGCCCCCGGAGAAGCCUGGGGUGUCCAGGGGGGUGCCUGGGCUGGAACCCCUGCUGGAGCUGGGGGGCUCAGACCUACAUGCGGCCCUGGAGGAGCAGCUACUGGCCGGGGCGAUGGUGCACACAAGGCAGAUUAAGCAAGUCUCAACGGAUAAGGAGGCGAAAUAACACACCUUACGCACACACACACAGAUUCUCACUUAACAGUUGGACAGCAAGUUGAACACAUACUGUGUACUUUCUACAGAACCUCCUGAUACUGUGGACCAUGAUAUUGUUGCCUUACAGCCUCUCCUGCCUUCAGAACGUUGUGGACAAAGGACCAUUUUUCUUCUUUUCUUGAUACUGUGUUACAAACUAAUCACAGCAUCUUAAGCAGUCCAAGUGGUUGUUUGCUGUGACAGUUUGUAUCACUCUGUAAGUAACCCAAAGUCUUUAUUAAAGAGCAAAGAGUAUGUAAAUAUUAACUUAUUUUUGUCUUGUGAGGGGAGAAUUUUGAAGAAGUUACUUUUAAAAUGUAUAUAAAUCUAUGCAAAUACAAUUCUAUGGAGUGCAUUAAUGGGGAAAAUAUAUCACUUUAAUUCCUUUUUUUUUUCUUCAUUUACCAGCUUGUAGAGUCUUUCUGUAGGAUGUGCUAUAUUGUCUCCUGUGCUGUUUUUUUUUGUUAAGUUCAGGUCAAUUUGUGUGUUCAUUUUGUGUUCAUAAAUACUGUAAAUCUUUGUGAUAGUUUCUUUUUAUUUACCACAUAUUGAACGCAAUGUGGGAUCAAGCCCUUUCAUAAGUGUUGUUUCAAAUGAAAGCGGCUGUACUCUGAUUCAUGCUGGAGCUACAAGGUAUAGUAUAGUGUAGCCUUAAUGUUCGAUAAACUGUACAAUGAAGCAGCUUAAUUCAGACUGUCUGGGUCCAUGACUCUAGUUAGUAAUCAUUCUGUUUUCAGUAUCUCUUCCCUGUUGAUUUUUUUCAGUGCCUUGCAAUCCAUAUGCUGCAGUCGUGUUUUAUCAAAGGAAAGGUUUUUCUCAAUUUGUGGUCUUUUGUUUGCUUCCACUGGGCCUCUCUUGCUGUAAACAGUACAGUAAUUAGGAGGAAAUAAGAUCCAAGGUGGAAGGAAAUGUUGACUGUGUUUGUAGUAACCAAGCUUCUCUGAAAAUUCCUCCAUCAGUCAGCACUUCCAACACAUGUUGGACCUUUUCUUUUUACAAGAGGCUAUUUUUCUGACUAUUUUUCUAUGUGCAUUGUUUUUCCUGUACAUUUUGCUGAUAAGAAUGAAUAAAAUAUAUAUUACAACCACG